AUGUCACUGAAAAUACCACGGUUUAACAACGUCAGUUGCACAAAUGAAUCGUCCUCGAUCAAUUGCAAUGUGAAUGCUUUUCCAGGAAAACUUUGGAAGUUGGUGAAUGAUCCCAAUUAUAAUUCCAUUCAAUGGAGCAGCUGUGGCACAAUUGUAGUUGUAGAUGCACAUCACUUCAAAGAAGAAGUGCUCAGGUCCGGCGAAUACAGCAUUUUUAAGACUCAAAAUUUCUCUAGUUUUGUGCGUCAACUCAAUCUCUACGGAUUUAGAAAAAUUGCUUCAACCGCCAAUGUCAAAUUAACUGAUUACAAGAUGAGCAUGAAACGCAGUUCUAUUUCUAACCAGCUGCAAUGCUUUGCUCACAACUUUUUCGUCCAGCAUCGCCCCGAUCUCCUUCCGAGAGUCAGGCGUACCAGCUCCGCCAACAAACGUCGCCCCAGUUUCGGCCAAAGUCGAGGCGAGACCGCUUUCUACGACUACGGGCAUAACGGACCAAAUAAUACUGGAAACAUGUUUCAGAUCUUGGGUAGAUGUGGACAGAGUCAGAGUGCGACACCACCGACUUCGUUCACUGCCGCUACUGGGACUGUCAUUGGCAAUGGCAAUAAGUAUGCCAAAUCAAGACCUAUCCACUGUUCACAAACUUCGUCCUAUGGGUGCCAGUAUGUUUACUCAUCUUCGAUAUCAUCUUUAGCACUAGCUCAGCAACAUUUUGUGCACCAAAGGCCGCACCACAAACUUGAACACUCGGCAUGUGCUGAUACUAGACCUCCUCCAGAUUCAGAAACAGAGUCAUCUGAUGCUGACGAUCUUGGGGAGGAAUCUCCGAAUGCUUCUGCUUUGUUGAAAAAAUCAAGUGCAAAGGUUCUCUGGGCACAAGGGCAGAAAUAUUCUCACGUCAAAGGAGACACCUCAAGUGAAAGUAGCCCUUCUUCGCAGUCUUCUUCCAGCUCAAAGUCCAAACUCAUUUCAAAAGCCAAACAACUCCUCGAGGAAGGAGCCCAUUUGCCAUCAAUGCAAAAGUGCAUGGUUUUCCAGCAAAGUCCAAAUUUGGGAAUGCCUCCAAGAGUUUACCCAGAAUCACCUUCUUUAGAUUAUGCAAACAUCAAUCAGACACCCAGCACAUCAUUUUGGUCUCCUGUCUUAGGAUCUAGCUGCUGUUCAAGGCCUGCUGGGAUGGAGCAAGAAAUGUAUGGUUAUCAGCAGGUCCUGGACUUUUCUGCUCAUACAGUUCCCUACAUGAGUGCUUAUCCAUCAACUCCUGCCAUGCUGUAUAGUCCUACUUCUGCCCUUCCUCCAGAAAACAUGAUGUCGAUGCCAUAUCACCCAAGGUCUCCUGCUAUCCAUAGGCCUCAGGUCAACUAUCCAAGCCCUCCUUUAUGUAACCAUGGCAACAGCAUUGUGAAGGAUGAUAACGGAGAGAAAAGAGAUGUCACAAGGGAGACUUUUAAGAAAGUAGUGGUCAAGCAUGAAUUAGAGGAGAUCCCUCGCUCAUAUUCAGCUUUGAUAGAAGUUGGGGAGGAGUCAUCCCCCUCCCCCCAGCAACCACACCGUCGGUUUGUGUGGAAUGAUUGUGAUAAUGAGAGAGAGAGGGCAGAGAUGUAUGCCAAACAGACUAAACAGUCAUUUUACACAACAGAAGGUUGAUCAUCAAACUUACAUUCUUGGCGAUACUUGCCAUCAUUUACAGUCAUGAAGCUACCAAAGUGUGUGUAGACUGUGAAUUGCAUUUCCAUGUUGAUGGCAAAAAUAGUACUUUACUACCAUACUUUAACAUUUAGAAACAUUAAUAAUGUAGAGUCAGCCUCAUGUGUAAAUGAAGUGAACUAGGUGAAGUUGAAUUAGUUCUAACAGAGCUAUGGGCGUACUAUUAAUUGUACUCAAAGUAUUUACACAUUGCUGUUGUACAUGAUAGAUUGCAUUGAAAACUUGUAUUCUACAGUAUAGUUGGUUCAAUCUUCAGAGGAAUAUCAUUAUUGCAUCACAACAAAGGACAAUAUUUCAUUGACAUUUAUUUUAUCUAAUCAUUAGAAAUAUUAAUUGUGUUUGAAUGCUUUGAUAUUUGCAAUGCUCUUUUCUGGAAGAGAAUUACAUCAAUUAGAAACAAUUUUUUCUCAAGUUAGUAAUUACAAACAUUAGUGUUGUAUUUCCCUUUUUUGCAUUUUCUUUAUAAUGAUACUGUUACAUGUUUCUAUAUUUUAUGAAUUUCUGUUCUGGGCUUUAUUACAAUUAACAUUAUUCUAUUGAAAAUGAAAAGUAGUUUCCAUGAAACAUGUUCUAGAUUAGAAUUGUUUCUUAAAUUUUUUUGAAGAUGUACUCUGUUUAUGUUAUUUUUGUGAAAAAAUGUAUUCUUUUUUGCAGUUUUUACACUGAUAUUGCAUGUAUGAUUUAGUUUUACUUAGUAGAUGACAGGUUAAUUUGGAAAAUUUAGAGUCAGAGUUAAUAUUCUUAAACAAAGAAAUAUACUAUUUGAAGCUAUUCUCAUAGCUAUUCUUAUAUUUCUUAUAUUUUUGCAUGCUUCAUUUGGCCUUUUGAGAGUUGAAAUAGCUAUAUUUUUAGUUGCAAGCAGUUCCUCAAUAAUGUGGUAUGAAAACCUAUAUAUAGCAUUAACAUAAUCAAUGCUUUGAGCAUUGUGGCCCAGUGUGGAUGAGUCUCUAGACUAUGAAACGGAGGGUCAUGGGUUUGAAAACAUGGAUUUUGCAUUCCGUCAGCAAGAACCCAAGCCAUGUAUUUUGCUUUCCCUUAGCAAGAAUCCAAGCCAUGUAUUUUGUGUAUUCCUUCAGCAAGAAAUUGAUCCACUUUGUGCUGCACUCAUCCCAGGUUACAUAAAUGGGUAUUGAUCAAAUUACCUUUGUUAUGGACAAAAGUCAUAGGUCAGAACAGAUUUUUUUUUCAGUUUCAUAAAGAAUACCUUAUGGUAUCUUUGCCAUGUUAACAGAGCUCUGCAACCAAUCAAUCUGAUAGUAUUUAUGAAAAUGGACCCCAGUUCAUCCCAUGCCACUAUCUCUAUAUUGCAUGCCGUGUUGGCCAUCCUCGCAACUUACAUAAAUUUCCUUUGUGUUUCGACAUUUCCAAAGUGGGGUGUAUUAUAAAAUGUUUAAUAAUGGUUUAACUUGGUUUCAAACAUCUUCAAUGCACUGUAUACAGAUAUAUCUUCUAUUAUGGGCUGUAUUGCAUUUUCCCACUGUGUCACAUUGCUGAUAUUUGGAUCUAAAGAUUCAGAAAAUAAUCCUAAAACAAUUUCUUUAUACAAUGGGUAAUUUAAGUUAAGGUGUUGAAAUUUGGUGCUGGUGUUGUGUGUUGAGACUUCUCACAUAAAGUUGAGAGGUUCACCAGCUAGAGGCGUGAUGUCUUGAGUUAUCGAAAACAAGAUCGGUAUCAUUCUUCUGAAACCAGCUCGGUGUUGGAGCUCGGUUCAGCAGCCUUUCUAUGCUCUCAAGGCUAACACCAACGCUGAAUGUUUAUCUUGAAAUCACCCAUUGUGUCCUAGAAUUAUUUGGUCUGUGACUUAAAAACGGCCUUAAAUCGAUAUAACAAGCAGUAGAGCAAUUAAAUAAAUGAAUUCUAUCUCACUUCAAGUCCGUUUUGGUUGUAACUUUUGGAAGCAAGUCCCAUAGCACAAUGGUUUGUAAUGGAUUUCAAAUAAGAACAAAUUGUAUUAUAGGUGAUCUAAUUUUGCCAUUGUCAUCCAAUUAUUGAUUACGAGCCUUCACGUAAUGGAAUCUAGGUUUUGUCAGUGUUGAAUUUCACCUUGAAAUGCUUUAAAAUCCUUGGCUAUGCAACUUUUGAAUGCCAUUACCGUAGUGAAUGAUAAUACUAAAUGUAAUAAAAUUAU